GCUCUUCACACGGAGGCCAGGAGAAACACUGCUAAUGAAAAAAUGGCGUCGGCUAACGAGCCUCAUUACGGACACAGAGACUCUGUGGAUCAGAACUUUGAUUACAUGUUCAAGAUCCUGAUCAUUGGGAACAGCAGCGUGGGAAAGACCAGCUUCCUGUUCCGCUACGCUGACGAAUCGUUCACGCCGGCGUUCGUCAGCACGGUCGGCAUCGACUUCAAAGUCAAAACCAUCUACAGGAAUGACAAGAGGAUCAAACUGCAGAUUUGGGACACGGCCGGUCAGGAGCGGUACAGAACGAUCACUACAGCGUAUUACAGAGGAGCGAUGGGUUUCAUCUUGAUGUACGACAUCACUAACGAGGAGUCAUUCAGCGCUGUUCAAGACUGGUCCACUCAGAUUAAGACGUACUCAUGGGAAAACGCUCAGGUGCUGUUAGUGGGAAAUAAGUGCGAUCUGGAGGAGGAGAGAGUCGUCACUGAGGAACGAGGGAGAGAACUGUCACAGCAACUUGGUUUGGGGUUUUUGGAGGCCAGUGCGAAGGCGAACGUGAACGUGAAGCAGACGUUCGAGUGUUUAGUGGAUAUAAUCUGCGAGAGAAUGAAAGAGAGUCCAGACACACUGACAAACAGCAGCGUUCCUCAGGGGGCGGAUCUGAACAAACAACCACAACGCUCACACAAAGACUGUGCAUGCUGAAUACACACACACACACACACACACACACACAUGUACAAGAUCAUAAACAAAUGAUAUCAAGGAAAAGUUUUGAGAAUAUGCCAAAAUGAUGCUAGCAAACAUUUAAAAAAUGUCACCACACAAAAGGCUAGCUAACAUUUAAUGAAAUUGCUGAAUAUAAUAAUAAUAAUAAUAAUAAUAAUAAUAAUAAUAAUAAUAAUAAUAAUAACUUUAGAAGUGAUAAGCUAACGUUACAGAACAUCUCAAAAUAAAACUAGCUAGAGAAUAUUAGAGAAUGUUAGAGAAUAUCCCCAAACAAUGCUAGCUAGCUAACCUCAUAGCUUUGCUGAGGGAUUUUACGAUAUUUUCAAAACAGGAUGUUGAAAAAAAAGGUUUAGAAAACCAGACCCAUGAUUGAAACAGAUCUGUUUUGAUGUCUAUUUAUUUAUUUGUUUGUUUAGUAGCAAUGGCUGCAGUGGAAAUCAGUCUAAUAUUUUCAUUUGUUUGUAUUAAACUUUGUCACCAAGCAACAAGACGAAAAUAUAUUUAUGUACAGAUGUAUAAAUAUAAACCCAAAAUGUAAGUAAAGACUGAUUCUGCUGUAAUGUGGUUUGUAAAGUUAUCUUUUCUCGUUAGGAAUAAAUAUGUUUAACUAA